AUGAAGCAUCGUAAUCCAAGAUCAUCGUCAAGAGUGACAAGAUUGCUGAAAUGCUCUUUGCGAAAUAAGGCCGACAAUAAUGAUGUAUCGGUCAACCCAUCGUCAUUUGCCGAAUUCAAAGUCACCAGUUUAGGAGGACAUGGUGGAGGUGGCAAAUCAUUGAAAUAUCUGACUUUUGCGACAAAAUCUUGUCUUGAUGAUGGCACCGUAGAAUGA